CCAUAGUUGAGAGUAACUUUUUAAGCGUAAGAGGGAGAUUAGGAGCAUCGGGAAGGCACGGCCUCCGUAAAACAAAAACAGGUGAAAAGAAACAAAUAUUAUAUAAUAGUAUUUGAAAUGCUUAAAUAAGACGAUAGUAACCUAUUUAUGAUGAAAUUAAUCAUGGAAAAUAAUUUUUCACCUGACGAUGACUCAUCCAUAAUUUUAAUAUUUGUCUUUUUGACUGUUUCAGGCGUUUAGCAAAGCAACAUAGAAGGCGAAGAAAGCCGAUUUAAUUUUUUCUUAUCGCAGUCAGCGAGAUCGUUCACCAUUUCUUCCCACGACAGCCUAGAUUUAUCAGAUAUCUUUGAAAAAUGUCAGAAUUUGCAGAAUCUAAAAACUUGUACAACAAUGGAACUGAGAAAAACGGAAACCCCGACUCUGAAAUCCCAGGCUUACUCUUCGGAGGAGCAGAUUGCUUUAUUGGAUGUUUUGAAUUUCCCAGAAAUUCUGGAGACAAAAGAGAUGGAUGUGCGAAUGAACUAUGGCCCAAGUGGCCAAUUUAACGAUAACGAUCUUUCCGACCUGAACAUCGACGAACUGAUAAAAAACCCUACUCUGGAAUUGCCUUUGUCGCCGGUUGAGAGUGAAUUUGUUGAAGAGGAAAUGAAGCCAGAAAAUAGUCAAAAUUUGGAAGAUUUCGAAAAGAACUUUGAUUUUGAUCACUUUCUUGCUAACUUUAAAGAAGAAGUGGGAGUGCUCGAUGAUCAACAACUCUCUGAUUCUGAACCUUGCUUAAAGAGGGCACAUCUAGAUUUCGACUCGGAAGCUAUUGAAGCUAACUACUAUGUAGAGGGAGAUACUAAAUAUCGCGAAAGGAGAAGGAAGAACAAUAUAGCAUCCAAGAGAUCUAGACAAAUAAGGAAGGCGAAAAAUGUUGCCCAAGAAGAGGAGGUCGUCAUUUUGGAAAGGCAAAAUGAAGACCUGAGACGUAAAGUUACAGACUUGGAAGCUCAGAACAAAGAAUUUAGAGAAAAGUUGAUGGUUCUUUUAUGUAAAAAAAAGUAA